CGCAAGAUGUCUUCAAAAGUCAUCUUCUCUUAUUGCACACUACUCUCAGGCAGCCCAAAACAUCGUUUGUCUCACUGCAUCAGUGAUAUUGAGAGCGGCAAUCAGUCGCUCUGCCUUCCGGAGUUGAUCAAGACGAUAGGACUGAUCGCACGAGCUGUCCUGGUGUAAUACGAGUUUCAUCUCAGCAUCAGCAACGGAAAUGGGCCUUGAAGAUAAGACCGUCCUACUUACCGGUGCCUCCAUGGGCAUUGGGGAAGCCAUCGCCAAUGCUCUGGCUGACAGAGGCGCAAAUCUCGUUCUACUAUCACGAUCGGAAGACAAGUUAGAUACGCUGGCUCAAAGAUUAUCAACUGCAUACCCCGGCACUAAGAUUAUCUACCGCGCCGCUGAUGUUGGAAGCUUUGAGGACGUAGACAGUGCCAUUGCGUCCGCCGUUGAGGAGAUCGGAAUCAUUGAUAUUCUUAUUAAUAACGCUGGACUUGCCCUCGGAGCACCCGCCAGGUUCCACGAGUUGAAGAUUCAGGAUGUCAUCACAAUGUCCAACACGAACAUAAACGGUACAAUGUUUGUCACUCACUCGGUCCUCAACAGGUCGAUGAUGAAGCAAAAGCCAGGCAAGGGCACGAUUCUUAAUGUCACCUCCACCACCGCACUAGAAGCGCCACCGUUUCCGGGCGAAGCUGUGUAUCACGCGAGUAAAGCAUUCCAGGAAGGCUUCACCAAUUCUCUCCGUAAUGAACUGGUCACGACCGACAUCAAGGUCCUGGCGCUAAGGCCGGGUGUCGUCGCCACUCACUUCCACACCCAGCGCGUUGGGUUUGACAAAGAGCAAUACAACUCGUUCAUUGAAGGCUACGACCCGCUUAUUGCCGAAGAUGUCGCUCAUGCCGCUGUGUACAUGCUGGAUCAAUCCGAGAGGAUUUCCAUCAAGGCUCUGGAUGUUGUUCCAACGGCUCAACGGUCAUUGAAUGUCUUCGAUCGGACGUGGAGCGACCGUAGUCACUGACGGGCUUUUGUCGUGCGAGACAUGUCCUCGUGGGCACUGAACGGAAGCAGAGAUCUAGACUCGUUUUUUAUAGGGGCAAGAGGCCCAAGAUUCAAGCCUUCCAGACCUGUUCCUUGCAUUUGGCAUCGACGAAGCAUGUAUUAAUAUGAAAUGAGUGAUAUGAAUGGUGAACUUGGUCUACUAGCAUUGCUAGGAUAUAAGGCUGGCUCCUGAACACUGGAUAACAUGACAAUUAUUAAGGAGAACACUGUGUAAUAUGGACUAGCAACAGUGGACGAAAGCAGUGUUGAAUUCCAUCUACAAUUUUCAUCAGCGAGCCAAAAUGUAUGAUGGAAAUUACUGCUAAAUCGCUUGGAGAGACACGGAAUUGGCCAG